ACCGUAAUUUUCAAGAACCAACCACCACCAUCUCUAAGUUCCGCCGUACAUAUCUCCAAACACUUCACUCCUCUUUGAUGGCCUGCGAAUGUCUCUCUUCUCCUUAACAAAACGCACUUUCACCACCACCACUUCAACCACCCUCUCGUCAACCACCACCUCUCAUGGCUUCCACCACCACCGCCACCGUUAUUCGACCGCCGUAUGCUCCGCCUACAGUGAGGGACGACUACGACGUCAAGGAGGACUUCCCUUCAUUCGACGACAACAGCAGCAGCAAAUGCGCGCUCCUCAAGGUAGCUCUAUGCCCUUGUCUUGUUUUCAUCAGUCUCCUUUUAAUCGUUGUAUUCAUUGUUCUGAUUGUCAAGCUUCAUCUCUUUUGCCAUCUCCCAUUACACUACCUAUUUUACAAGAAAGAUUGCUAGCUUCAAAGGUUAGGGAUUGUAUUUCGAAGAGUUUUGAAAAUGGGUUUUCAAUUGAGUGUUUAGGUAGAUCAAGGAUUAUUUCUGCAAAUUGUAGGGGUUCCCUUGAUAGGGUUUUGAUUUCAGGUUGGGAAUCGAAUUGGGUAUUGCCUAAAUUUAGGGUUUCUAUAAAUAGUGCAAAUUCCAGGGGUUGCCUUGAUGGGGUUUUGAUUACAGGUUGUAACUCGAAUUGGGUAUCACCUAAAUUGGGGGUUUCUACAAAUAUGGGAAUUCUGGGUUUUGGAGGUCAUUCUAGGGCAUUUUCUAGCUUUAGGGAGGAGAGAGAAAGUAAUGAUGAUGAUGAUGAUGAGGAAGAGAGUCAAAGGAGUGAAGGAACUUUUGAGUCAAGUGCUGAUCCAGAAGAAGUUGCUAGAGUAGCUAAAUUGAUUGAUGAAUUGUUCGCUUUAGAUCGAAAUAUGGAGGCUGUUCUUGAUGAAUCUGGGAUUAAUUUAACUCAUGAUUUGGUUAUUGAUGUCUUGCAAAGGUUUAAGCAUGCUAGAAAGCCUGCAUUUCGGUUCUUUUGUUGGGCUGGGCAAAAACCAGGGUUUUUUUCACACAAUUCCAGAACUUACAAUGCAAUGUUGUUGAUAUUGGGGAAGACGAGGCAAUUUGAGACAAUGGGAUCAUUACUCAACGAAAUGGGGGAAAAAAAGCUUUUAAACAUGGACAGCUUUUUGAUUGCAAUAAAAGCUUAUGCUUCUGGUAAAGAGAGGAAAAAAGCUGUUGCAGUGUUUGAGUUGAUGAAGGAUUAUGGGUUUAAAGCAGGGGUUGAAACCAUUAAUUGCAUGCUUGAUGCUUUAGCUAGAGAGAAACUAGUGAAAGAAGCUCAAGUUUUGUAUGAUAGGUUGAAGAACAGGUUUACUCCAAACACAAAGACAUACUCAGUUUUGCUUAGUGGUUGGUGUAGAAUGAAGAAUCUUAUGGAAGCUGGUAAAAUCUGGAACGAGAUGAUUGAUCAAGGUUUGAACCCAGAUGUUGUUACUCAUAACAUAAUGUUAGAUGGGUUAUUAAAGGUUAACAAGAAAUCUGAUGCAAUCAAGCUUUUCGAGGUGAUGAAGGUUAAGGGUCCCGCUCCAAAUGUACGGACCUAUACUAUAUUGAUUAGGGAUUUGUGCAAGCAUUCAAAGUUGAAUGAAGCUGUUGCUUACUUUGAUGAGAUGACUUCUUCAGGUUGUAACCCAGAUGCUGCUGUAUAUACUUGUUUGAUUACAGGAUUUGGAAACCUUAAAAAGAUGGAUAUGGUGUUUGGUUUGUUAAAAGAGAUGAAGGAAAAGGGUUACCCUCCCGAUGGGCAACUGUAUAAUGCUUUGAUUAAAUUGAUGACGAAUAGAAGAAUGCCGGAUGAUGCAGUUCGUGUUUACAAGAAGAUGAUUCAUAGUGGAAUUGAGCCAACAAUUCAUACUUAUAUUAUGAUGAUGAAAUCUUACUUUUUUGCUGGAAAUAGUGAGAUGGGUUGUGCGGUGUGGGAUGAGAUGGUGCAAAGAGGUUGUUGCCCUGAUGAGAAUUGUUAUACUGUUCUUAUUGGUGGGCUUAUAAGGGAAGGGAGGUCUGAGGAGGCGUGUAAGUAUGUUGAGGAAGUUAUUAAUAAAGGGAUGAAAGUUCCGGAACUUGAUUUUAACAAGUUUGCAGCUGAUUUUUCUCGGGUUGGACGACCUAAUAUAUUGGAGGAAUUGGCGAGGAAGAUGAGGUUGUGUGGGAAGUCUGAAGUGUCUGAAGUUUUUUCGAGAUGGGCUCAGUUGAACGAGAAAAGAGGUACAAGAAGCGGCACGUUUGACUAAAGAUGGUUGUGUGCCGGGUCGGGCCAAAACGGGCCUGCCCCACGCCAAACCCACUUGGCAUCAGGCCGGACUGGAAACUUCAAAACAUAGCCAAUGCCCGGCCCAAGCCCACGGGUUGUCGUGUGUAAGUCCAAUUUUACUAAAUUUAGCGUGCUUUGUUGUGUUGGGUCGAGUCGUGCUGUGCCUUAUCGUGCUUUUCCCCAAAAAAAGCCCAGGCCCGGCCCCCAACUUCAUGCUUGUGACGAGCCGUGUUUUUUCGUGGCUGGGCCGACCUUGCCCACAUCCAUCUUUACGUUUGACACCUAUGAGUGAACUUCAUGGAUUAUUACUAUGGCUUUAGAACAUAAUCCGUAUUAUUACAGUGAAGAUCGAAAUGUUAGAUUGAUUUCCAACACGAGAAUUGUAGUGUUACCUUUGAUUUCGUAUUACUCGACUGUCAUUCGUUGUGUAUAGUAAGUGAAAAUUCCUUCAUUUUCUUCGAAUAUAGGAAUAUUGUUAUGUUAUUAUGCUUGAUUGCCUUGGUUAUGAAAAACUACACUUUUCAUUGUUUGCCA